AAAUGCUAUGUUGUCAUGUAUAAGAAAAAAACACGGAAUAUUAGUAGAUGAUGAGGAUGUCGAGGUCAUUAUUAUGAAUACGGACGAUUCGGAGGAUAACAAACCAUCAAAAGUAUCUCAUCCUUUAAAACUAACUGAACGUCCUAACAUUGUUAUUCAACAGGUAAAACGUCCAAUUCAAUUUUUAAAUGUACAUCAUAAACCACAACAUGCACCUACUGAGACACAAGUAUCGAUGCCACAACAAGCUCCAAGCUCGCAACUAAUACCAAGGGAACAAUUACUAGGAAAGCGUUUACGAAUAAGUCUGCCAAAGCAAGUACCGCAGCGGGUAUCAGAACUGAACCCACAACUACUACCGAAUUAUCAACAAUAUGAUGCUAACACAUUGAUAAUACAAAAAUCGAAUACACACGUUCAGAAACAUAUGCCAUCUCAUUCAAAUAAAGUAGAAUCAGAAAACCUAUAACAAAUCAAAAUGCUGAUAAAAUAUUAACUCCG